AUAAUUUUAAAUCUAAUUUAAAAAAUCCAAGAUUUUUAUGAAGGUAACUAAAUAUGCUUUGCUUAGUUUAACAUUUCCUACCCUUUGACAGGCGCUUAAAAAACAGUUGAAAUUGAUGAUGACAAGAAAUGGUAAUAAAUAAUUAGAGAUUAUGUAGCUCAAUAUUCUUUGAUAAGAGAAUGGGAUAAGUUGUAGAAGCUGACAACUUAGGUGAUGAAUUUAAAGGCUAUAUAUUCAAGAUAACAGGUGGUAACGAUAAAUAAGGUUUCCCAAUGAGACAAGGUGUCCUAUUUAAGGGAAGAGUUAGAAUUCUUAUGAGAAAGGGACACAAAGGAUAUAGACCAAGAAAGGAUGGAGAGAUGAAACGCAAAUCAAUUAGAGGAUGCAUUGUAGGUCAAGACAUCAGAGUCCUUGCCUUAUAAGUAGUAAAGAAGGGAGUCAAUGAAAUUGCUGGACUCACAGAUCAAAAUGUUCCAAGAAGAUUAGGUCCAAAGAGAUUAACUAAAUUAAGAAGAUUAUUUGGAUUCAAGAAGACUGAUGGUGUUGCUCUUGUUUAAAAGAAUCUCAUCAGAAGAACAUGGACUACAAAAGAUGGAAAGAAGAGAUAAAAGUCUGCAAAGAUUUAAAGACUCGUUACUGAAUCCAGAUUGAGAAGAAAGACUAUUUAAAAGAAGACAGAAUAAGCAAGAAGAACCAAAGCCAAAUAAGCUUUAGAAGCAUAUAAAAAAUUGGCUCAUGAUGUUCAUGAAGCUCAUAAGAAACACAGAAAAGCUUCAUCUGAAAUCAAAGAAAAAGCUAAAGAACAACCUAAAGUAAUAUAUAUUAUGCAAUCUAUUAGCCCAAAGACACUAAAUAAGCUAAAACAACUUAACCAGUCAAACCAGCUACUUAAGCUAAAACAGCUGCUCCAGUUAAAGCUACAGCACCAGUCAAGACUACUGCACCAGCCAAGACUGUACCAUAACCAACUUAAAAAGCACCAACAAAAGCUAAGAAAUGAAAAUGAUAUUAUAAAAUAAAGUACAUUACAUAAAAUAAUUAUAAAUUAA